UCAUUUUAGUGUAUUAGUUUAGAACGUAGUGAUUAUAUGCUCUUUGAGUUUAGUCAGUUUAGUGUACAUUGAUUGAAUCACACUGAUUGACAAAGACUGAUUGUUUUCAAUUUCAUUUUUCCUUUUUGAACACAUAAGAUAACAUUUUUAGACAAAUAUUAUCUUAAAACAAUGUGGUAUAACAUACAAGAGGACCCGCCAUACCUGCUAUUAGCCAGAGAAGUAAAAAGCUAUGAAGUUUACGUUACGGAUUACAUUUCUAUAUGGUUUGUUUACUUCAAGAAAAAUGACUUUUUGGAGUGUUUAAAGGACAGCAAUUUUGGUCUUGAAGUGGAACCAGAGGAGUUACUUCAGAAAGGUGCUAAGCUCUUAAAACAGCCAACUAACCUCAGAAAGGUAGAAAUAAAAAAAAGUGUCUCUACUUUAGAGAUCUCAGUGACCAAGUUAUUUGAAUACUCUCUGCAGUUGCAACUGAAACUUUCAGAAGGAUCAAAAGAAAUGUUUUUUCAAAAUGUGACUUAUAUGCUACUAAAAACUGUAGCAGAUUUAAAAACUAGUCAGCAAGAGCUUAGAGAUCUAUUAAAAAAGAAAGAUGAUGAGAUAGAAGAAUACAAAAGUGAAGGAAAGGAGAUAGCAUUAAGAUAUUUAAAAACCAAACAAUUCAAUGAUGAAGAACAUAUGAGACAGCAUCAAGUAGAUAAGGAAUGUGCUGACCUGUUAAACAUUCCGAAUACAUUAUUAGACAAAAUUGUUGCUGCCACUCAUAGAAAUGAAGCUAUAGAGCGGAAAAACUUGGAAAAUAUCAACAUUAAGCAGGAGCCUAUUACGCCGUCUGAGAGCCAAAGCGCACCCUGCCUUUCUUCCAGUGACGUAAAGAUAGAGCCAAAGGUAGAACUCAAGAACAACUCAUUCAGUCCGAGAAAGAAACGAAAGCAAUUGCUAAAUUAUUAAUUUUUGUAGAAUUAGUUGAGUUGGGUAUCGUCGUCUUAUAUAAUCUUGUUUCUUUCUUGUCACGUAUAUAAAAGCCAAUAGAUGUUUUAUAUAGGUAAUAAAUAGUAACACAGGUAACAGUAUCAAUGUUGCCUAGUAACAAAGAGUUUGUGAUUGUAGUAGAGAUAAAGUCUAACCCCCUUAAGUCGCUUUCCCACUGACGUCCAGUUUUUUGCGGGUACGGUUUUCUGCAGGAUCCCGUUUUCUGUUGUAUGCGUGCAGUAUCCCGCAAACAGAAUGCUCGUGUGUACGUUACUAUAUAAGCACGUAUACUACUAAAACGAAAUCCUGGAGAAAACCGUAUCCCGCAAAACACUGGACGUCAGUGGGCAAGAGCUCUUAGUCAUAAAGGCGCUGCAAAUCUCAGUUACCUAGUUAAUUUUUAGGGUUCCGUACCCAAAGGGUAAAAACGGGACCCUAUUACUAAGACUCCGCUGUCCGUCUGUCACCAGGCUGUAUCUCAUGAACCGUGAUAGCUAGACAGUUGAAAAUUUCACAGAUGAUGUAUUUCUGUUGCCGCUAUAACAACAAAUACUAAAAAGUAUGGAACCCUCGGUGCGCGAGUCCGACUCGCACUUGGCCGUUUUGUUUUAUCCUUUCCUACAAAUGCAGAAGUCAAAAUGACAGAUUAAGACAAAGACCAUAGAGUCACUUAACUUCAAACUCUGGUAAAUCCAACUGUCAGAUUAUGCGAUUCUGGUAUUAAGUAAAGGUAGAUAUUUCCUAUGAGGUUCGAAUGGAUUUAUCCGAGUUUGAAGUUAAGCGACACUAUUAACAAUAGUAGGUAAUUGAGGUUUGUAGCGCGUUUAUUAAAAACCGGACAAGUGCGAGUCGGACUCGCCCACCGAGGGUUUUGUACUUUUUAGUAUUUGUUGUUAUAGCGGCAACAGAAAUACACCAUGUGUAAAAAUUUCAACUGUCUAGCUAUCACCGUUCAUGAGAUAUAGCGUGGUGACAGACAGACAGACGGACAGAGGAAUCUUAGUAAUAGGGUCCCGUUUUUACCUAUUGGGUACGGAACCCUAAUAAGGGGGUCAGAUAAACUCGCCCUCCGAGUUUGACGGCUGAAGUAGAAGGCGCUGUACAGCGCCGUAUGUGAUGUGAUGUCAAACGGCAAUUCUUGAUAACCAGUUAUCGCAUAAUGUACGGGGCAGAACAGUGUAAUCUACAUUAGCUGUCAAAGUCGUGUUUCGAAUAGAGUUUGGACAUCUUAUACAAUCAAUCUAUAUUUGCUAUUAAUAAGUAACUACUGUUUGACUGAGGUGGUUGGUAAGAAGUUAUUAUGGUCAGCUCGAACUGGUUGAAGGCUUGAAUGCAUGAAGCUGAUUUGUAUUAUGUUAAGUAGGUAAGUAAAAAUAUAAUAAAUAUUAACUACUAAAUUUACUCAAAAACCACCGCGCGACUUCCUUCUUUACCAACUGCCUGAGAUAUAAUAAUUAUAUAUAUAUCUCAAUAUGCCUAUAGUUUAGUAAUUAAAAAGGUAAUUAGCUUAUUACAUAGUUAUCGAUUGUAUUAUGUGUAUUAAGUCUAAAAAAAUCGUGUCCUUAAGUGAAGUAGAUGACGCUACACGGCGCCUUGCAUUUAGUUGUAACUAAAUUGUCAAUUGUCGGCUUUUCAUUAUCAGAGUUACCGCGCAAUGUACCGUACAACGCCACCUACAUUAUGUAUCUGUCAAAUUCGAAGCAUAAAUACUUUCACUUAACACAAUUUAUACCAACGAAACUUUGUUUAGGUUUUGCUUCUCAUAUAUAUGUAGUCUUCUUUUUAGGCUUUGUACGAUUAAAAUUGAGAGCAUCAGCAAUUUUUCUGGACCUGUUGAAAUAUGCAGUUGUCACAUUCUUGUAUGGAGUAAAUAAAAGACAAAUUGUUGUUUAUAAUAAAACUUUACUAGGUAUAUAGAACUGUAUUAAACUAAUGAUUUAGUUGUGCUAGUGUAAAAUUGUUAUUAUGAAUGAAAUUCAUUGGAGAUACCUAGGCUUUAACUCGUUGACUAAGUACCUAUACCUGUUAUAAAACUUACCUGAUAAAAUAUCGAUAAGCAAGAAAACUAUACGUAAGGCGGCUCAUUGGAUGCAUGACGAUGCGGUGUUGAAAUCGUAGGACCGUGGGCCUUACGGGGAUGUACUUGCAUAGAGAUGUAGAGGUACGAGUAAAUUUAACCGCGUAAAGCAAUGAGGUCUGGUAAUUAUUUGUGGUCAAUUGUGGUAUGUACUUACUUAUUUGAGUUCAUAAAAUGAAUUUAUGUUAAAAUUUAUUUUGGAUGAAAGUGACUUAACAAACGUAACAAAUUAUUAUCAACAAGUAAUUUUUAUUAGAAUGUAUAAGUAAGUACUAUUAAUGUAUUCUUUUGUAAUACUUAUUUUAUAUUGUUACCAAGUGUUCUAUAUUAAAUACCCAGUUGAUUUUUAAUGCCAAUAAAGGAGCUAUUGGCUAUUUUAAUAACAAAACUUCCGUGAGUCACAGACAUAAAACACAUUAAAAACGGGUCACUCACGUAUCACCAACCAUUACCAACCACGAACCAUUAGCGAAUGACGUACUUAUUGAGUGUUGUGUGCAACCCGUCAUUUGUCAAUAAUGCCGUAAACGAGGGUAGUUUCUCGCCCCCCCCCUGCCGCCACCGGCGCCCGCGCCGAGUCAUCGGGCGCGGAGGGCUGCGGCCCGCAGUCUGCGCCGGUCCGUCACAUCCGACGCAAGCUCCUGAUGACGCUACUCGGUACGGAGUGAAACAUGUCGAGCGUUUUCGACUUAAAAUACGUGAGUGACCCGUUUUUAAUGCAGCUAUUGGCUAUCUAAUGUUUUAUACGUAUAGCUAAUCUUUGCCAUGCAUCGAACACUCGUCGAUUUUCUAAUAACAAUGAUUCGUAACAUUAUCCCGAAUAAAUAGGCCUAAAUAACUACUAAUUUCAAGGUGUUUCUGACUGUCCAGCAGCCGUGGGGCCAGCCCGUUUUGGUUAGGCACCAAAAUUAAUUUUGUGUUUUUUUGGUUACCAAUUACUGUGUGUUCCACCCUAGAUAUGUACUUAUGUGUUUAAUUAUAGCUUUAUGCAUAUACUAACAACAUCAAAACUUGAAUAAUUUAUCUCCAAUGUAAUUACAUUAAUUGCAACUUGUGAUCGUUGAUGAAUAUGAAAUUUUAUAAUAAAUACAUUAUUAUUAGUA